GGGGGCGGAGCUUUGCGGAGGCAUGUGGCGGGCCCGCAGCGGUGGGGGCUGCCGCUGCCGCCUCUCUUUCCAUCAGCUUUCGCGGCCGCACUCCUUCCAGGCGGGCCCGGAGGGCGGAGGUGGGAUGUGGCUGCUCCGGGGAGGGUAAUGGCUUCUUCUUCCUUCGGGUUCUUUCCGCGGGGCGCGUAGCUACUCUCCGGCUUUGCAACCUGUGGGAGCUCAGGUGGGGCGGGGGGGGGGGGGGGUCGGCCGGCAUGACUGGGGCUGGUGGUGCCUUGCCAAGUUUGAGGGGGCUCGAGGGCCCAACCCCGGAAAGGCGAGCCCUCGCCCCUGCCCGGGCUGCUGCUUUUUGUGUGGGGCGGGGGAUCCCGUGUCCUUUAAGCGAGCGCCUCCUCUGCUUGCGAAGUGCCACCUGCCCCCUGACUCAGCUUUGCUCGGCUGGCUCCCCGUUUCCCUCCUGCGUGGAUGUUGCUCUUGGAGUUUGUACCAUGCCAUUCCUAUGUUGGCUGAGGGUUAGAGUUCAAGCGUGGUUUGGCACAGCCGCAAGCCGGCCUUUGCUUUCCUGCUCUGGGGUACAGGAGCGCAGCUCCUUUCGCUUCUCUCGCCCAUCUUUCCUCCCACUCCCCCCCCCCCGCCUUUUAUGAAAAUAAGUUCCUUCGAAAAGUGCUGGGCGGGGGAAGGAGGAAUGCGAUUUGGGGGGAAGAGGAUGACAGGCCUGCAGACUGCCCCUAGCUGCUGAGUGAGCAUUUUUGCACUGGCUCAAAAGUGUGUCACUGCAACUCUAAAAGUAGCAUUUGACAUCACAGGUCAGUCUUAUACAGGUGAAAUGUUACCUUAUCCAACUUAUUUUUAUUCCCUGUGGAUAACAGUAAUAGGAGAAUAGUGAUAGGUUACCCUGAUAAAAAGACAUUUUGGUUGUUGACAUUUACUCUGCUUCACCUAAUUUAAGUGGCCUGGAGAAGUUGGGUGUUAAAGAAAAUUUAGAAGAUACAAUGACACUCAGGGAAGGGUUCUUGAUUUUCUUUUUUUUCCAGGCAUGUUCUCUCUUUAAACUUGAUUUUUAAAGACAUAGCACAGAUUGCAUGCUGUAUCUCUUUAAAUGAAUUGACUGUAUAUAAGUGGAAUUAUAUGGUCAGAUAUAAUAGGAUUGCAUUUAGAAUUCUAGUUUGUAUAGUAAUACUUCACUGAAUUCUAACUUGUGAUGUUUUAUCCAAAAUUCUAUAAACUGUGGCCAGACUGAACCAGUGCAUUUAUUAUUUUUCUGCACAGGUGCUGCAGUUGACUCAAUCUGCUGUGCAGACUGGUAUCCCAAAACUGAUAAUGGGGCUGCCAACCAGUGCCUAGAGUGCAAUGCUUUGUGGCCAAUUUGCAAGCAUUUUGCCACAAGUCUGUCUGGAUGAUACUUCCUUUUUAAUUCUGAGUUCAGUGUUUAGGGUGUAUAGUGGUCCUAUGAUCAUAGAUUUUGAUUUUGCAUUCCAUUGAAAAACUUAAUGAGGUACAGUAACCAUAUCGGUUUUGUGUUCUUGUACGUUCAUACAGUAAUUUAUCUAAUGGCAUAGAAUCAGGGCAGGGGUUCUGUGAAAUUUGCACAUGGGUGAAUUGGCAUCAGUUUCUGAUUGGAGGAUUGAUGUAAUUGUGGGAAUUCCUGCUGGCUACAUCUGUGAUUGGCUGCAUUUCUAUCCAGGAAUGUCAAUAUGUAUUUGAGUGAUGACAAAGUAGGAUUGCCUGUGUACACAGAAAAUAUUGUUUGUAAGAGAAGCUGCAAGCAGUUCAUCCAGCUCAGCAAAAGUGCAUUAUGAAUCCAAAUUGAAGACUAUCCUUGCCCAUGCAGCUAUAGUGGUACCUCGGUUUAAGAACACCCCUGUUUACGAACUAUUCGGUUUAAGAACUCUGCAAAACUGGAAGUAGUGUCCCAGUUUACAAACUUUACCUCGGAAGCCGAAUAGUGGAAGGGCACCAGCGGUGGGAGGCCUCAUUAGGGAAAGCGCGCCUCGGUUUAAGAACUGUUUGGUUUAAGAACAGACUUCCAGAAUGGAUUAAGUUAUUAACCAAAGUACCACUGUACUUCGUAACAGAAAAGACUGAAAUAAUUAUUUGCCUUUCAGCUGGCAAGACUCAUAUGUCUGCUUUCUAGGUUGGACCCCUUCCCCACCCAAGUAAAUUUCCAAGCUGAUUUACUGCUUUGAGCACGAUCCCUGUUUCUCACCCCUCAUUCGUCUGUAUGUUGGGCUAGUUUUGCCUUUCUUUUAACACAUGGCUUGGCUGGCUGUCUUGUGCCACCUGGAGAUGACUCCCUCCCAGAACAGAUUUUCCCCACCAGAGCAUCUGCUAGGAGAUGCUCAAGAACAUAAGAGUCCUGCUGGAUCAGGCCAGAGGCCCAGCUAGGCACUCUGUUCUCGCUGUGGUCAACCAAGCAGGUGCUUAAGUCACAAGCUGACUUAAGUGCAACACUGCUCUUCCCACUUGCAGUUCCGGACAACUUGGGGCUGAGUUGCAUGGGUUGAUCUGUAAGGGGUAUAUUGUUGUUAUGUUAAUUGCCCUGACUUGUGCCAGAAGGCUGGACUAAGCCACAGGUCCAAGUGGCUCCCUUCCAACUUCAUGGUUUGUAUUUAAGAGGAACUUUGAACAAUGUGGUCAGGGGUUUCUCAAGAGAUCUUUGUAUUGUGAUUAGAAGCCUUCCUGAAAGAUAUUGGUUAAUACCAGUCAUGCCUCGGGGGGGGGGGGGUGUUCACAAAUGCAUACAUUCUCAUGUGCUUUACAAAAGCUUGCAGGACAAGGAUGUUUGUUGGAUUAUUUUUUUAGCCUAUUCAUAUCCCUGUAGGGCAGGUACAAUGUCACUGGCCUUUUGAAACUGCCAGAAACCUCAUGCAUUUUUUUUUUUAAAGAGAGAGAGUAUCCUGCUCUGCAUGUAAAAAUCUGUGGUUAGCAAGGUCAAUUCACAAGAUGGCAUGUCUCUAAAGCUAUAUUGUUAGUGUACACAGGCACUCCCUUCACAAAAGAUGAAUGGGCUUAAUCAUCUCUCUCUAGUUCAAGUUUUUAAAGUAUUCUGAAAUUCCUUCAGGCUUUGAAAAAUCAUGUUGCUGCUUGUGAUUAGUUGUGUAUUUUUAAUUUCUUGCUCCUUGUGAUCUAGUGUGGGGCCUGGGAGAAGAAUGUGCAACUUCUGAAGAUGCACUCCCCCCCCCCCAGUGCAUGAAUAUGCCUCUUAGCUAUGGGGUGAGGAUGUUGGGGGGGGAGAGAGAGAGAACCUCGCCUUCAUUUUGUGCAGUUCAUUUAGUCAUGUAGUCACAAUGGCUAAAGUGUUGGCCUUGGACAUGGGGAAACCCAAGUUCAAAUUCCUACUUCUGUGUGUGAAGCUUGGGGGGCCAAAUUAGAUGUGAUACUGGGGCAUCUAUAUUUGGACCACCCACAGUUUCUUAAAAGCUUAGUACAGUAGUGGCCAUGAGGACUCUUGCCCCCACUGUUGGGAUUUCAGUACCAAAGGAAGAAGAUUUAACCUUUCAAUUGUUCAAUCAGAUUUAUCAAUUGAGUUGUUUGAUAGGACUAAAAAGGUGUCUCUAAUUAGAGAACAGGCUUAAAACAUACACACAUACAUUUUUAGCGGAAGUCCUGAUUUAAAACACACACCUGUAAGUGGUAAACACCAACAUAGGAGAAGUAUUUCUCUUCUCUCUCAGGGUGGAAUAAGACUCUGAAAGUGACAUGUAUGCUUUUUUAUUGAGAAUUGUUUUUAUUCUUAUGACCAUUGUUCUGUGUAGCUCAGAAUUGUCUGCACUUGCCAGACAAGGAUUUUAGGCAGAGAAGGGUCUUUUCUGACCCUACCUGGAGAUGCCAGAGAUUGAACCCAGGGUCUUCUACAACCUACCCACAAAACAUGCUCUGCCACUGAGCCACAGCCUUUCCCUGCAUCCUGUUUCUAUAAGAGUGCUAAGGUGUGUAUUGGAGUGUGUAUGUACAUUUGCAAGCCAAGCACACUCUCCUUGUGUUUAGAAUCUUUUAAUUUCCUUUUAUGGUUGAGUCUUAUCACUUCAUGCAAUACUUUUUUCAUGAAGUGGGAGCUGCAGAACAUUGGGCAGUGGUAUAAGGGUGGCUAGCAAGAGUUCAGUUGAUAGAGCACAAGAUUUUUAAUCUCAGGGUUGUAGGUUCGAGCCCUGCAUUGGGCAAAAGAUUCCUGCAUUGCAAGGGGUUGGAUUAGAUGACCAUUGUGAACCCUUCCAACUCUACAAUUCUAUGAUUCUACCCUAGAUAAUUUCUGUCAAACAGCUUCCCCCUGUACUCCUAUUCAGAAUGGCCUCCAUCCUCCUACACACAUCUGGUGUUCAGCAGCAAGCCUGCUUUGCAGAAGCUGGGGUAUUUUUGUACUGUGAUUUUUAGAGACUCAUAUCUAAAAGUCACAGUGUAGCGCUAGAAAAAAAAUGUUUCAUUUUAUUUAUUUAUUAGAACAUUUAUAGCACGCUGUUCGAGUACACCACUCAGGCAGAUUACAACAUAUUAAAUGACAAUUUCCAAAGAAAAAUAAAGCCAUUACAAAAAAGAUGGGUCAGUAGUUCUAAAAGAAAACCCUACAAUGUUUGUGUGAUCCUCUUAAGAACAGCUUUUAAGAGGUGUGGGGUCGUACUGUAUGUCACAAGCAUAAUUUUUAAGGCCGAGUCUAACCAUUGUGUGAGCUUCUACUAGCAAUCGUUUUCUGGAGAAGAAAGAUCUUUCUCUUGUGUGUUUACUAGUCAACAGGGCUGGGUCAAGGCAUUUUGCUGCCUGAGGCAAUGGACAAGAUGUCACUUCCCCAUUCCAUGUACAGAAGCCAACUGGGCUGGCACUUGAAUUAGACAGGGAGGCUAUCCUUCACUACAUAAGAAAGCAAGAAGCUGGUUUGGGGACAUGUGGUACACAGCUCUGUCUUCCCCAACACUUUGACCCCAUCCACAGCUUCUGCUUCCUCAGGUGGAUGAUGAACUCUGCCUAAUCAUAGGGCCAGGGCUGUGUGCUGCUAGUGUAUAUAUUUGCAUAACUAAGAGAACAAGAGAGAAUUACAGUCAUACCUUGGGAUAAAUACGCUUCAGGAUAAGUAUUUUCGGUUUGCAUUCCGUGACGACCUGGAAGUAACGGAGCGUGUUACUUCCGGGUUUCGCCGCCUGCGCAUGCGCAGACGGUCAAAAUGACGUCAUGCGUGGAAGCACCAAAACGCGACCUGCGCAGUCGUGUCUUACGUGCUAUUCAGGAUGCAAAUGGGGCUCCAGAACGGAUCCCAUUUGCAUCCCGAGGUACCACUGUAUUAUCUAUUUUCAUCCUACAAGAAACACCAAGGUAGGCCGCGAAUGCUCCACCACAACCAGCUUGGCCAGAAAGCAACCGACUGAGGCAUAGAUGCAUUCAGCAAAACACAGGCACCUAGAAUUAGAACAGGUAGCAGUGGUUGGAGAGGAGGUGCUGGAUGCAACUUUCAUACUGUUACAAGGCAACAGAAGCCCUUUCUAAAUACUUUCUGUUGGAAAGAUGUUUUAGCAUAGCAGGAUAUUUUGGUGGGGUGCUACUGAGAACUCAGGACAAGGAAGACAUGGUGGCCUCAAAGUCUGGCACACCCCUUUGACAAACAGUAUAAUGUCAAUAUAUUCAGCUGCUUCUAGGAGCUCAUAUUCUACAGAAAAAGUCUCGUGUUUUGUUUUUGUUUUUUGCUCUGCAAGAUUCAGUGAUUAUCCUGAUAUUGCCACAAGCUAGGCUUGUCAUAAUCCCUUGUAACUUGGGCCAUAAACACACCAAGUUUCCUGCUGGUUGUUUUAAGCCAAUGAGGCAAUGUCUCUUAAGGUGCUCUGGUGAGUAGAGGAAGUGGGGCAUUGCUCUUCCUGAUGUGCUAUGGAUGAAGGGACUAUUUUGGUGCCUGGGGAAAGAUGCAGCUAUUGGCAUUCCAUAUACAGUAGGGGUGGGAAAUCUGGCCCUUCAAAUGUUGUUGUACCACAGUUUCCCCUGGUCUCUGAGCAUUGGCUAUGUUGGCAGGGACUGAUGCAUAGCUGUCAACUUUUCCCUUUUCUUGCGAGGAAUCCUAUUUGGAAUAAGGGAAUUUCCCUUUAAAAAAGGGAAACGUUGACAGCUAUGGGCUGAUGGGAGUUGGGAGUUCAAAAGUAUCUGGAAGACCACAGGUUUCCCACCCCUGAUAUACAGAGCAUCACCAGCAGCUGUAAGAAAGGGAUUCCUGACUUUCUUGGCUCAUGGGAGAAAAGUCUUAGCUGGUUCAGGAACCCCAAUAUAGCCUUGCUGCUACCUGGAUGAAGCUGACUGCUGUGCUGUCAAACUUAAGUGUGCCAUCUAGUGUGGCUGGAGCUGACUGCUGGAGGUGUCAGCAGAAGGCUGGUUUUCAAGGUGUAGCAGCUGAUCCUUGCCAAGUGUUAACCUUAGAAAGCAGUGGCAUAGCGGGUGCACAUGGGAGCCCCUGGGCACUUGUGCCUGCAGUCAAGUAUCUAGACCCAGCCCCUUUGUGACUGCAUUUCCCUCCAUCACCUGACAAGUUGUCCCUGAAACUCAAGCAACCUUCAGAAGCGCACAGCUUGUGAUGUUGUUCAAGGCAAGGUUGCAGAAAAACUUGAAGAUGUCCAAGGCUAACUUUUCAUCAUAUUCUAAACCACGGGUUUGGAAGUGCAAUCUUACAGAUGUUGUUGGACUCCAGCUCCCAUCAGCUAGUAUGGGAAACGGCCAGGAAUGAUGAGAGUUAUAGUCCCAAUGACAUCUGGAGGCCACAGGUUCCCUUACAGCUGCUCUUUACCCAUGCAUACUUGCCUGUCUUUCUGCCAUCUAAGGAUUUUUGCAUAUACCUCUCUAUCUAACAUACACACACACACAGGAAGUUCCCUUGAGUCAACAAAGCUUACUUUUGGAUAGAUGUGUAUCCACACUUAGGUUGCACUCUAAGCUCCCAAAGACGUAACUAUAUCACAUUAGGGCUUGUUCCUGCUAAAUAAAGCAAAAACAGUUAUUUUUGAAUUAAUUUGUGUAUUUAAUCUACUGCUUUUAGCAUUUUAAAUUCAAAACAAAUAGAUGGCUGUUACAUUUUAAAGCUGUAAAUACAGCUCUUCUAAUUCAUAUGCAUAUACUGAAGAUAAAAUGAAAACCAUGUGGGUUUCUAGCAAAUUGGGCUAAAUGAUUGAUAUUUCAAUUGAACACAUGUAGUAUCAACAUGCAAUAGAUUGACUUCCCCAAGUGUAUUUUGUUUCAACUACACAGACCUGUGAGUCACGUAAGCUUUGCAGCACUCAGCAGCUUGGAGUGCUAAAGUGCUCCUAUGUCUAGACAUGCCAGCAGCAUUCUCCAUGUGUUUGUAUUUGUGCCAGCAGUAUUCUCCUCCUUUAAUGAUAAAAAUGAUCUGGACAACGUGCAUGCCUUUUUAAGGCAGUUUCUGAUUAUCAGGCACCUAUUAAAAGUACAACACAAUUUGUAAUCUUUUUUUUUUUUUAAGUGUGCCAGCUGACCUGUCAAAUUAUUCCCACCUUUUUUAUUCUGUCUUGAAAGACUCCAGAAAGGGCUGAUUUAUAUUCUCUCUUUUUCGCUUUCCCUUUCCCUACCCCCACCCCUACUGUUGCAGGACCAAAUAGCUCCCUCUGCUAUUGGGAAUGUCUUUUGCAAGUGCUGAUGGGGUAAGUUUUUGUGGGCGAAAGGGGUUUGGUACCUGCUUGUAUCAGGUUCUAGGAGAUCAGAUAAAAAUAUAUGGAAAAGCGUACACAGGAAGACAGUCCUUCAACAGGAAAACUCCACUAUGUGAUCCCUUAGACUCUUAGAGAUCUUGUAUGAGGGAAUUCUGGCUUGUUUAGAGAGGCAAAAAAUAUACUUUGCUUGAGCACGAGUAUUAACUCGGAACAGCAUGAAGUGGGGUAGAGAACCUACAUUAGGGAGAUCAUUUUACACAUUUGUGGGUUUGCUACAGAAUGCAGAUUCAACAAGGUGCCACACCAGUGCCAUCUCUGAGUGUGCUGGUAUAAUGAACAAGGGGCUGGAGCAACUAGAAAAGGUUACAGCAUGUGAGGCUUUUUAGUUUAGGAAAAGGAAACAAUAAGGGGAAGGAGACAUGAUAGAGGUAUUUGAGAUUAUGCAUGGUGUGGAGAAAGAGAACUUUUUCUCUCCCUCAUAAAUACUAGAACCCUAGACUUUCCAGCAUUCAGUUCCCUUGGAUAAUUCAGGUUAAACAAAAGGAGUACUGCUUCACAAAACACAUAGUUAAGCUAUGAAAUUCACCCCUGCAGGCUAUAGUGAUGACCCCCAACUUCAAAAGGAGGCUGGACAAAUUCAUGGAAAAUAAGACUUAUCAAUAGCCACAAGCCAGGAUGGCUAUGUUCUGCCUCCAGUGUCCUGCCAGAAUCCCCAGUUCAAGACACCUAGUACCUUACAGGUGCUAUGUAGUAGGGAUGGUUGUCUUUCACCACUCCUGGUAACUGGCAAGAAAACUGCCGUUGUACUCUUGAUAGUUGCCAGUUUCCCCACCCGUGUCUACCAGGGAUAUUGACUGCUUGUUGGUGCAUGUAGUUUGCACCAUUGCCACGAGGAAGUGAACGUGUGGGGACCCAUGAAGUGAUUUCAUGAAGCAGUCCAACUUCAGCAUGCAGCAGUCUGAACUGGCUACAGUAAUGUUAGUGGUGACAUGGAAGGAAGAUGGGAUGAGUUGGAACACUACAUCAGCGAUUUUCUUUUGUGAUUAUAGGGUGUGUGGGGCGGGGUAAGUCCACAGUCAACAAAUGACUCUUGAUCUAUGUAAACAGGCUGCAUCACAAAGAUGCAGGAGCCCGCGUUCAAAGUGCACAGCCAAAGUUCUCAUCUGGUGGCAUUCCUUUACAGCUGAAUAUGCAUCCCCUGGCUUCAGAGUUUGUGUGCACAUUAGUUCUAAUAAUUCAAAUACUGCAAACUUCUCUUUAACGUUCUAUUGCACAGGCGUAAGAAUGCAAUGCAUCUGUAGCCAUGCUCAGUAUUUUUCUUUUCCCCUCCUCCACCCCUGUAAUUGUAUCAAGAUUCCAUAUUUUUAGAAGUGCAAGGUGUGCAUCUCUGUUGUAUAUGUUGCUGUCCCUGACAGUAUACAAAAUAACCACUUAAGGUUGUUACAGUACUUGAGGCUAAUGGAAAUAUGUUCAUUGAGCAAGAAGCAAGGCGAGAUAGUGGUUGCAGACAGCAAUUUUGAUUUACCCAAGGCUGUCAGGUUUAACAGAGAAAGCACGUAGCUUAAGAUGCACACAGUUGCUCGUCGAUCAGACUGAUGUACUGCAGGAGUCUGAACAUGGAGUGCACUUUUCUGUUUAGUACACGGCAGCUGGGAGUUUCAUUAAUGAGAGAACUGGCACUUGCAAGACGAAUAUGAAAAGCUUUACUAUGGUGAACCAGUUUGAGGUUUAAUUUUUAAAGGGAUGUUCUAGACAUCAAAGGUGGAAUUUAGCUAAUGAGUCUUCCAACAUGGAUUUACCCCCCUCACCCUCAAAUUGACUUGUGGGGGAGCCUUGGAAGAACCUCCAGAGCAGUGGGGAGGGCAGGAGAUGGGGGGUUGUUCCAUCAACUAAUGCAACAUCCAAUUCCUCCCUAAGCCAGGUUUUUGUAGCGGUUUAGAUUUUUACUGAGAAAUGGGCUGACAGGGGCUGAUGUGUGCCAACAGCUCUGUGCAUAUAGCACAACCCCCCUGGUGUUGGCCUGAUGCUAGUUGUAGCAUUGUAUCAGCAUUGAGUUCAUAUCCAGGAUAUUGCAGUGUCACUCUAGCAUUGUAUGGCAACUGCGCAAAUAAUGAUCACAGUUGCUGAAUGUGGGGAUGCAGUAUUGUUCAGUGCUGUUCAGUGAAGAAGGAUGGUGGAGGGCAGGGUUUGUAGCGUGACGCCAUCCUAGGGGAAAGAGCAGAGUGAAGAAAGGGGGUGACUGACGUCAGCCGGGAUCCAGAUGGAGGCUGCUUUUCCUUCUUGCCUGCAGAUAUUAAAGCAGAGUAACGAGGGGGGCCACUAGGGGGCGCAUCGGAAGAUGGCUGACAAUAACAUCUCUCCAACCCACACGAGGUAAUUUGGAGGCUAUGAUGGGGGUAAUUAGCCUCCUUAACCCCCCCCCAGGAUUGUGGGGGAGAUGGCCCUUGCCUGCUGUGCCCUAUACCACCCCCGAAUUUGUGGGGGUGGGGGCACUAGGCACAAAGCCCUCCUGUGGGAUUUCGGCACUCCUGGACGCCGUCCCUGACUCGCGCCACUAGAUGCAAGAACUUCAAAAGAAACAAUUUGGAUGAAAGGAAUGCACAUAUUUCAAGAAAGAAGGGGGAGUAAAGACUGCUAACAGAAGAGAUCUCUGACAAAACAAGAUAAGAAUAAAACAUGAGAAGAUACGCCAAGACAAGGUACGGCAAAUGACUGAUGGGGGAGGGGGAAAAAACUCUUCCUUCUUUUCUUAUGUGAUUAAACAAGAAUCCCCUCCCCUCACGAGUCAGAAAUGUCGUUUUAAGGACUUAAGCUGUGGAUUUAAGGCUGUGUGGAGAUAAACUUUCGAACCACAGCAUGUUUUAAGAAGAGCGUGGAAUGUGUAAGAGCUUUGGAAUGAUGCAGUUAAAAAUGCCGUUGCCAUAUUGGGAAGUUCUGUCGGAGGUCUUGAGUCUGGGAGGAGAAAGAGAGAAAUAGAGCUGUUUAUAUAUUGUGGGUUAAACUCCUCAGUGGGACUUAAGAGUGACAGUUUUACGAGACUAUGAUGGAAAGAGUGAUGUUAUCUAUGAAGGAGAUGAUAUAUGGAAACCAUCUCGAUUUGAGUAUUGGAAGAACGGAAAAUUCACACAGGACUACUAUUACUAUUGGUGUUUAUCGGCUUAAGGAGACUAUCAGAAGAGAUCAUAAAGAAAAAAGAGAAAAUAUAUGAACAAGAUGUGAUGUGGAAACAGCAAGAUAAGAUGGGAUAGAAUUAUGAACUCUGUUUGGACUGAUUUGGACUGAUUGGGACAUUAACGCAGCAGCAAGAAGAUGAUGAUCAGAAUUCCCCUUCGGAUCUUGAAAUGUGGGUCCCCCCAACAAAAUUUAAAAUUUGGCUUUGUAAUUUGGAAUUUAUGUGAUAUGAUUUAAUUUGAUGUGAUUGGCCAGUUAAUAAAAAUUAUUUUUUAAAAAAUAUAACAGAGUAACUAACCCGUGGCCCAAAUGUGCCCCCGACCAUUUUUUGUGGGGUCCCCCAAUAAUUUAACUAAAGGCUCUGCAUUUCCUAAGGAAUCUGAGUGUAGAAAGGAUGUGAUUGGUGUCAGCUGGAGUACUGACUGGGGCUUAUGCAUCAUCUUAAUGACUUUUCAGUCACCAGAGUCCUGUUAUGUCAGCAUACACCUUGCAGCCUAUGCCACAGUAGAAUACAUAAUAAAGUGGUUAGGUUGAUUCAUGAAUGAUGGUUUUCUUUUUCAAUGUAGCUGCAUUGUGAAACAACAGAGUAUGCACGUCUCGUCAGCAUUCACAAACAUUGGUGCAUUCAGUGUUGUGGAUAAACUCUAUAAGAAUUGCAAACAGUUCCAAACACAUCUUGGUGUAGCAAAUUCGGUAACAUAGUGCUAGACCAGGGGUAGGCAACCUAAGGCCCAUGGGCCACAAGCGGCCCACGAGACGAGCCGCCCGCUCAGCAAGUCCCUGUGCACUGCGCUAAACCAGCACAGUGUAGGGACUCACUUCUGCUGUGCCUGAAAUCGCGCAUGCACAGACACCAGAAAUCGCGUCUGCGCAGACGCUGGAAAUCGUGGGUGUGCGCUCUCAUGCACGUGUGCAAUCCAGUCCACAGAGGGAUCUCCACUGGAGUGAACUGGCCCAGGCGAGGUAAACCUUGCCGACCCUGUGGUAGACCAUCUGUUUUGUAUCAUAGUUCUUCUGCAGUCUGACCCUAUUCACACUCGCUUUGAAGUAGAACUGAGCCAAAUGUUCACAAGGUCUGAUUCUUAGAUUGAAAGUAGUGAUUUUGAAGGGACAAAAGUAUUUCCUGAAAGAAGAGUGAACAUUCAUCGGUCCUGUUCCUUGCGUUUAAUACCUCCUGCAUUCAUACGCUUGUCAAAAGGAUUUGUUAUAUCUAGCAUUGCAUGAGGCUCUUAGGAAAUAUAGUUAUUUUUGAGGGUGAAGACACAAGUUUCAUCAGAGGCAAUAUGCAUCCUUCCUGAGAUGGGUCUCUUUAAAGUGGGGAUCAGCAACUGGAGACUCCUGGGCCAAAUCUGGCCUCCUGAGGGGUUUUACCUGGUCUGCCAGUUGCUGCUUGACAGGCAGGGUAGUGGUACUGGUGUCUGCUGAAACGGAAGCUUUGAAUGAUGAGGAAUGGAUUAGUCCACCCCAUUCCUUCUUAAAGUGGCCCUCCUGUAGGAGUGGUUACUGAGCAGGCUUUAAGACUACAAUGGCAGGGUUUUAGGGACUUUUUUUAUAAAUGGCUAAUUGUUUUUUUGGCUGCCAAGUACCCUUUUGCAUCCAGCCCUGCGCUUACAUUCACAGAAGCUGUUGGCUGGUGAGAAAAUGAAGGAUGAAGGUUGUAUUUGUUUGGGAGUUGCACAGCUGUCCUGUGGGAGAACGAAACAUUUAAAGACAGAAAAUGGAGAUCUUUAGUGUAGGGUGUUGUGCUGAUGUAACCAAAAUGGUCAGAAACAUAUUUCCUGUGUGUGAAAAAUUAGAAGAGGCUUCAGUAAGAACUAGAUGUGGGUUCUCCCUCCAGGCAGAGGUUACUGUCACUGCCAAAAGUAUAAGCCAAUGAGCCCAGGCCUGAAGGAAGUGGUGGGAUUCUUAUCUAUCUUCAGCUCUACAUUAUUUGAAUAUCUUCUCCUAUGGUUCUCUUGCUACAUUCCUGUGCCCUCUUCAAUUACUAUUAAUUAUAUUGACACAUAUUCUGUCUCUGAUAAACCUUAGUUGUUUGGUUGUCAUUAGCGUUGCUAGAAAAUUGAGAUUUGAAAUACAGUACAGUCGUAUCUCAGAAGUCAAAUGGAAUCUGUUCUGGAAGUCCAUUUGACUUCCAAAACGUUUGGAAACCAAGGCACAGCUUCCGAUUGGCUGCAGGAAGCUCCUGCAGCCAAUUGGAAUCUGUGGAACCCACAUCGGACGUUCAGGUUCCAAAGAACGUUCGAAAACUGGAACACUCACUUCCAGGUUUGCGGCAUUCAGGAGCAAAAACGUUCGACUUUCUAUUUGGUUUUCUAUUUAAGUUACAUUAUAGUCCAAAGGCUAUUCAUCAGGAAAGAAUGAUUUGUUUUUAAUUAUGUAGCAUGAGGCUUUAUAUGCAAUGUUUAAAAUUUUUGGUAAAUGAAUUCCACUAAUCCGUUCACAAUGUCAUGCUCUUCCAGAGGUUUCUGUAAGGUUAUUUGAGGCAGUUUUUCUAACGAGAUUAUCACAGGUGCUUAUUUUUGCAGUUCUCAAAAAUGUGAAUUUGUGUCUGCAGAGAUAACAUGCCUUUUAUUCACAGGAAAAAUGUUAUAAAAUAAACAUACAGAAUUGAGGGAAAAAUCCAUUGUUCCUUUGCAAAUUUAUACACACAAACCAACCCCAUACCUCUUAAAUGCUAAGUUCCAAGAGGUUCAAUGAAUAGAUUGUUUGGAGUGGAAUAGAUCUGCACAAGUCGCUAAGUGUGAAGCAGUAAAAAAUGAAAAUGCAACCUUGUGAGCAGAAUACGCCUCAAGUCUUGGGAUCUUUGUGUAAUAAUUGUGCAAGUCGGUUGCAUAUCUGUGCAACUCAGAUUUGGGGCAAGUGCUGAAGGCACUUCAGGGCUGGCAACCUCUUCUCAAUCCCACUGGGUUCCAACAACUUCACUAACACUUAACUGUACAGAAUAGGCACCUGAAUGUAGAAGCAAAUCCAAAGGGGUGGUGGUGGAAAUAGUAACUGGGAUCUGUAAGUCCUUGGGGAGACCUUGAAGUGCUAGCCAGUCAACUAAUAAGAGUUCACUGGUUCCAGGCCCUUCUUCCCGGGGCUCGCCUGACAUUGUCCAAACAAUAAAGCCUCUACCUGGAACUUCGGUCCUGCAGCAGGAAUCCCUGAAGUUCUGCUCCAGUCCUUGGUUCCCCUUUUCCAGCUUUCCACCAGCCUGUUUCUCCUCGGCCUGUUCUUUCUGCAAGCCUGUUCCAGUCUAGGCCUACCAACUGUAUCUCUCCUCCCCACCCCAUCAGAAAAAGGAAGGCCAGCCUCGCCAAGGCCAGGGCUGCUGGGAGAGAUAGCCCCUAUAAACAGUUAACUUAUUAAACCUCACAAUAAUUUCAUAAUUAUCUAUGUAUUUCUAACAGUAUAACCAAAUCAGUAAUUUUUGAUAUAACUGUAAAAACUACUCUGAAAAUUUAUUAUUCCAAAAACGAAACCUUAUAUACCAGCAAGAAUCAGUCUUUCUGUAAAAAAUGAUUUAAAUCAAGUCUUACCGACUAGUGAUUUAAAUCGUGAUUUAAAUCCACCCUGAUUUGUAGUACUUUUCCCUCUGCGUUGUUUCUUCUUCUUGCUUGUUUGAAUGCAGUCUUCACCCAGAAGCCACUGGGGAACUGAGCUUUGAGUUGGAGCUUUUAAAAGUUCUCCUAAUCUGCAACAGUGUGUGAAAAGCAAAGAGCUUCUCGUCCUGGCACGGAGGCUGUGCAUUUACAAUUUCACUUGUGCCUUUCACUCCUGAUUAGGCCCUGGAAGGCAACAGCCCAGUUUCCAGGCAAGUUUCUAUUCCUUGGAGGCGUUUACAUUGGCAGAUUUAUUGUCCAAUCCUGACUUUUAUACGUGGGGUUUGGCAGUUCAUUUUUCUUUAUAUUAAACUGGAUUGUUUCAGAUAUUCCAAAUGAAGUGACAUUUCAUAAAUGGAACUUCAGCCUUGUAAUUUUUCAUACGGAAGCCUUCAAAGAGCAGUGCAGUCUACCAUAGCAGCUACUAGAGUGUUUGGGGGGAACAAAGCUGUGUGUGUGUGUGUGUGUGUGUGUGUGUGUGUCCCCUGGGAGGGUGGGGAAGGAAGGAGCAAGAGAGAACAUUGCUUUGAACAAUGUUAAGCUUGACAUUUGCAAAACCUUACAUGCACCCUCUCUAUUAACAUGUGUGAGGUUUCCAUAGGCCUCAUAUAUAUAACCAAGGUUUUAUUCCGGUGGUGAUACUUGCAUUGUUUUGUGAAGGUUGAGUGCUUUGUUCUUAUGGAGGCUGUCAGUUGUGCAUCUGGGUUGCAUUAUCAAUGUGACUUUCUAUAGUUCUCCUUCCCAGACAUAACUGGCAGCAUUAUGAGUGUUUCUCAGAUUACCUUUUCAUCUGCUGUGGAAUAUCUGUCCAAAACAUGGAGUGCAUUGCAGAGGGCUCUUCUGAGGUAUGUUCUAGGCCAGGGGUUGCCAAACUCUUGUCUGUGGACCUGGUGGUCUGUUAGUUUCAUUCAGGUGGUUCAUGGUGUGUUUCUGAAAAAAUGCUAUUAAAUAUCAUACAGCAUCUAGCACAGCACAAAUGCUACAACAGGUGGAAAACCAUUAAAUGGUCCAGCAAGACCCACGGGAAUUUUCAAGUGUGUACCACUCCUUGCGAGAGAAUAUCCAUCGAUAAAGUAGCAAUUUAGAGGAGCUAGGUAUGUGAAACCUAUUUUUGAAAAACACGUUGUAUCUAAAAUUCUGUUGACAAUAUACCAUAGUAUGUUGCAUAAAAUAACACAAACAGCGUAUAUUUGAAUGUGAAUUGCACCGUGGUUCCUCACUAUCCUGCAGUCAAGUUGACUGGGUUGUCUGCUGGUGUAUUUUUUUUCCUUUUUGCAGGAAAAAAAACAAGGGCAAGAAUGUCUGUGUUAAUGAAAUGGAAUUUUGAUGGUUGGAGGACUAUGUAGAUCAGUUGCUUUAUGAAAAAAAUGACAAGAAAAAGCUUUUCUAAAAAGAUACUACAGCAAGGCAAGACCUGUUCUGUUGCAAUGGCAGUGGGGGCAGGUAUUGCAAGGAAGUGGUGUUACAGCACCAGUCUCCUUGCAUCUGACAAGACAAUUGCCUUCCUUAAUCAGUUCAUUACCUCAAGGCUUGUGCUACAUUUGCAAGGGAAGCUGAAAAAAAUAAAGCUACAAAAUGGAACAGCAGCCGGGAAAUGCAGGAAUGCAGUGGUUUGGGGAGGAACAGGAUUUGAAUUUUUGAGUGAGUGACUAGUGCUCUUACAGGAUAAAAAGGCUGGUAUGGCACAGUAUUAGGGAAAAUAAGGCCAAAACAACAACAACCAUUAUGCAAAUUUGUGGGAUGCUGUUCUCCUGUGCAAAUUACCAUCUACUUAUUUUUUACUUGUUUCCAUCUAGGGAAACAGUGCCUAGAAAAAACUCUAGCGGUGUCCAGGAAGUUCCUCUUUCAUUGCUAAGAGAGAUCACUUUAGAGAAGUUCUAAGGUGAAUGAACUAGGGAAUGAAGCCAGGGAAACCAGUUGAACCAUCUCAGUUGAGAAAAACCUGAAAAGGCAGCUGGGAGAGCCAGAUGUCACACAGCUUCCAUGUGAGUGGAGAAAAUCAGCAAGAGGGUAGCUGUUUUAGUUCGUUUGCAUCAAAAACAAUAACUAAUAAAAAAAAGCCUGAGGAAUAAAAAUAUUGCUAAAGGAACACCAGUUCAUUGACUACAAUAUAUAAUAAAAUGUCAGACAUUUUAUUAUUAUUUUGUUUAACUCGAAGCUGCCAGAGUGGCUUGGGUAUAAACAAUAUUAUUAUUAUAACUAGGGUGAAUUUAACUUCUGAACGUUUAUUUUGAAGGGGGAAGGAAAGUGGUUGCUAUAUCUGAGAUAAGGUUUUGACAUUUUUUAAACUCUGACUUCAGGAAGGCUCUCCCAAGUUAUAUGACCUGACCUACCAAAUCAAAGGAUAUGUGAUCUAGUAGUAUUGGAAUCCAUUUAGGCAUUUGUCACAUGCACCCUUAGAUUUUUAAUUUGAGACUUGAAAGCAGAGUUAACUUCUCCCAGCGACCUUUCUUAGUUUGCCACCUCCUGGGAAGCAGGACAUCAUGUUAGCUGGCAAUGGCUUAUAACCAGAGUGGGAAGUGGCCAGAAGACCCUCUAGCUAAAUUCUUGUACUCCAAACCCAGUGCAGAUCAGCCUACACACUCCAGGCCAUUGUGCACUAAAGUAAGGGGCAUUGUGCUAACAGAGUACAUGGUUUCCUGUGCCUUGAGCAACAAAGCCGGCAAGCAUUUCAUAGGAAAAGAUGUUCAGAAAACCUGAGGCACCAGUUUGCUGCUCCAUGAUGUAGUGAUGGCUACUGACAGAGCUUUGUAAGAGGAUUUGACAAAGUCAUGGAGGGGAAGGCCAUUGAUAGUUACUAAUCAUGGCAGCUGUGUACUACCUCCAAUGUUGUGAGUCAGUCUGCCUCUGAAUACACAUUGAUGGGGGUCACAAAUGGGAAGAGUGCUGUUCUGCUCAUGUCUUGCUUGUGAGCUUCCCAAGGACAUCUGGUUGGCCACUAUGAGAUCAGGGUGCUAGGCUCAAUGGGCCUUUGGCCCAAUUGAGCAGGGCUUAUCUUAUGCUGUGCAUGGGAUGCCAAAGAAGGCUUCUCUCCUGAUGCAAAUAGCAGCUGGGGGAGCAAUUUUUGUCAGGACCAUGGCAGGGGCAGGAUAAAACCACUUCCCCCUGCUAUUACUUAGAUAACAACAAUGUGCAGGUUAGUUGCAUUCAUUGUCCUCUCUGUCCUAUAGCAUUUCCUUAUAGAUUUUGUUAUUGAACAUUAUGUAAGCACCAGCCAAGCCCUUCCCCAGUACAUGCACAGUUUGAUCCAAAAAGGCAGAUGAUGCAUUUUUGGAAAUAAUCCACCGGCAGCAAGGGCAGAUGUUCUGUAGUAUUGUUGGGCCUGAGUUAUAUGACUGAAAGAUUACUGCUUAGUUAAAGGCAUGCUGUAAAGCUGUUCAGGGCUAUUUAUGGUGUGCAAGAAUUAGAUCUUUUGAAAUGCUCUCCCACAUCCAGUAUAACUUUGGCUAUGAACGUGUAAAUACACUGCGCUCCGCACAGACGUUUGAAAUGUUAUGUGUCGCUAAUAGAGUCUGCAGUGUUGAGCCAAAUUCCUAUGCACUCCUCUGACUUUUGUUUCAGCGCUGCUUGACAUCCCAUCUCCCAAUGCAAAUAUUGAUUCUGCUUGUUGCUCAACGUGAAGUCCUGAUUGUUUUUGCACAUCCUGUAGGAGUAGAUCAUUUCUGUAUUUGAAAAUGGAUCAUGGGUGCCUUACCUUUAUAGAAGCUACUCACUGAACCAGCAGAAUGUUGAUGACACAAUUAUAGGAGUAGGUCAGUUAUGCAUGUGAAAAUGCACCAUUAGUUUCUAUGGUGGGUGCUUGUUAAGCUGCUCAGCUGAGGCACAGAAGGCUCCCUUCGCCUCUUUGGGUUCUAGGGUGGGACUUUCCAAGGGAGGUACAUUCCGGCACCUUUUUCUCUAGGGGGAAAAAAAGCACUGAUUGUGAGUUCUACUUAAUAUCACAGCUCUGGAUUUCACUUACUUUGGUGAUUUUUAUUUUAGAAAUGCUGACCUAGUUAAACAUUCAGAAAAAGAACAAAGGUUGUCAACUCUAUAAAUACCUUGAAAAAUGAGCAUAAAAUUAAUGGCAUAAUGGAGCACAAAAUUAAAUACAGCCUUCUAAAAGCUAUGUUUUGUUCCCGAACUAUUAGUGCACAUUGACUUUAUCGUGCAACCAUAAAUGGAAAAGUUGUCAAAUUGCAAGAUGGAAUUCUCUUGGUCCUAAGGGGGAAGGGGAGUGCAGCCCAGUGGAAGAUCACAUGCUGCUUUAAAAAAUAAUAACAAUUUGUUUUGGGGUUUUAGGAACAAGGAUCAUAGGAUACAAAUAAAUAGACCAAGUUAUCUCAUGCCAUUUGUAUAUCACAAAACUAGCAUAAUUAAUUUUCAGUAAUAUCUGCAACAUAAGUGGUCAAUGUAUAGGUUCUUGGUUCGUGAAUUGAUUUGAACAAAAACAAAGGGGAAGCAGGAUAGAACAGAAAUAAGUGAGAACAUUAAACAUCGCAUAGCUAAACACCCAAUCAGGAGCCCUUGUGGUUGUGCUUAGAUUAAGUAUGAGUAGUAGUCAUUAUUCCGCUUAUGUUACCAAUGAAACAAUGGUUUAUUGAUGAACAUAGGAGGGAGGUUCAAAGUGAACAUAAUUUAUGUUUAAAUUUAAAUUUGGAUCAACCAAAUUGAGCCAAAUGCUGAUGGGGGAGGCGUUGUUCGUUUUCUGGAAUACUGGCAUGUUAUGAAAUUUUAAAAAGCGCAUCCUUUUUAUACAAAAGGUCCCAGGCUCACUCCCUGGCAUUUUCAGGUAUGGCUGCGCAAAAUCCCCUGCCUGAAAAGCCUGGAGAGCCUUUGCCAAUCAGUUUAGAUAGUUCUGAGUUAGCUGAACUCGGUAUAAGCAGCUUCCUGUAUUGCUAAAGGCCAGCUUCCAGUCAGAAUACCCACGGAACUGUAGGCCAAGUUAGGGUGCAUGUCUCCUUCCACAGCCUUCUCAAAUUUUAGUGGUUCACAGCAAAAUCUUCAAAUAGAAAAUCAGAGGAUAUAAUGCCCAUGCACACUGUAAACCCUUGUUUCCAAGUGGAGGCCUGGUGUUGAGCCUAAUGUAAAACUAAGCUGUCAAUUUAACUGUGUCCAGCAGUCAGAUCGCUUGCUAGUUUUUAUAUCGCUGCUUCCACAAAAGAGGCCGUACAGUGGUACCUCAGGUUAAGUACUUAAUUCGUUCCGGAGGUCUGUUCUUAACCUGAAACUGUUCUUAACCUGAAGCACCACUUUAGCUAAUGGGGCCUCCUGCUGCUGCUGCUCCGCCGGAGCCUGAUUUCUGUUCUCAUCCUGAAGCAAAGUUCUUAACCUGAAGCACUACUUCUGGGUUAGCGGAGUAUGUAACCUGAAGCGUAUGUAACCUGAAGCAUAUGUAACCUGAAGCAUAUGUAACCCGAAGUACCACUGUAAUGGGAAAUGUCUACCCUCAUUAAGUCUGCAAAGACUUGUUCUAUUACUCUUUAAGGCUGAAACAUUUUGUAGAUUGAUAUUCAAGCCUGAACACUGUGCUUCUGUUCAGAAACAUAAUCUCCCCACCACCCUUUCUACACACCCACACCCAGGGUAUAGUGGACUAACUUCUGCCAUAUAAAUUUGUUAGACUUUAAUGUGCUACAGGACGCUUUGUUUUUGCUGCAAAAGGUUAAUAUCGCUACCCCAAGCCCCUGGAAGUUGAAUUCAGGAUUUGUCUCAUGCAGUGAUUUAUUCUCUGCUGUUUAAGACACUGGAGAGACUUCAGUGCAAGAAGGUCAGAAGUCUUUUUCAAAGUCUCAAUGCAGCCACAGAGCAAGUAGGCCCUUCUUGCAUUGUAAACGUUAGUACAUCUUAGUGUUUCUCCUGUAAAGAAAGAAUAAAAAGAGUUGCUAAAACCAUGGCAGGGUGGCAAGCCUGUCCUAUGUUAUCAUAGAAUCAUAGAGUUGGAAGAGACUACAAGGGCCAUUGAGUCCAACCCCCUGCCGAGCAGGAAACACCAUCAGAGCACUCCUGACAUAUGGUUGUCAAGCCUCUGCUUAAAGACCUCCAAAGAAGGAGACUUUUAUCAUCAUCAUCAUCAUUAUUAUUAUUAUUAUUAUUAUUAUUAUUUUAUUAAAUUUGCUUCCCGCCCUUACUUCCAAAGGAGUCCAGGACAGCAAACACAAAAGUGAGAAUUAAAAAUAAAAUAACUACAUAAAACAAUUUAAAACAUCCAAAGAAAUUUAAAAUGAUCGUAACCAUCUAAAAGCAUGUAAAACAAUCAUAUAUAGAGGAGGAGAUUUCAGAAGUCACACCUAUAGUGAGUGGGCUACCUGUCUCACACAUGGGAACAAAAUACAAUCCUGCCUCUGUCUUGUGAUGAGGUUAAAGGAAGGUAUGAUAUGAAUACAGCUUCCAAAUGGAUUAUAUCACCUAUGCAGAAUAUUUUAAUCCUUCAUUAUAUGAUUGACAUCUUUCUGGGCAUCUGAAUUUUAAAUAUUUUAAAGGUUUUGUUUUAGGUAUUAACAUCCAAAAUCUGCCUUCUGAAAAACAACAACCUUAAAACUUUAUGGAAGCAGUGCAAGCAACCCCAAAGAGAGACAUAAACCAUCAGAAUUAUGGGAAAUGAAAUGAAAAAAUGCUUUCUGAUAAUAAGAUAUUUAAUACAGUGCAUGUUUCCCAGGUGUUAAGGAGGUGACCUUUCCCGUGGUGGUAUAAUUUUGCUCCCUGACCAGCAGCAAAAUUCAUUCUGCAGUAUUUUAGCCAAGGAAGCAAAAGAUCUCUUAGGCCUUAUUUAUGUUCCAAGUGUAGAUUUCCAGAUGAGCAAAAUGAAAAUACAGUGGUACCUCAGGUUACAUACGCUUCAGGUAACAUACGCUUCAGGUUACAGACUCUGCUAACACGGGUUAAGAACUUUGCUUCAGGAUGAGAACAGAAAUCGUGCAGCGGCAGCAGGAGGCCCCAUUAGCUAAAGUGGGGCUUCAGGCUAAGAACAGUAUCAGGUUAAGAACAAACUUCCAGAACGAAUUAAGUACUUAACCUGAGGUACCACUGUACUUGCAAUGAGGUGCUCAGGCAGCUUUUUCUUUUGUGGGGACACUUGGCCUUCCAUGGGCCAUCAACUGUGGAGGUGGCUGAGCAAGAGUAGAGAGAGGUAGUAGUAGAUUGCGUUACGUGGUGGUUAUGUUAAUAAUACUGCUUGUAGCUGUUAAUAUUUCUAAGAAUUUUUCUUUAGGGGUCAAUCUAAUCUUAAGUAGUUAUUCAUUGGUCCCACAACUAUGAACUUCAAUGGUUCAUUAAUAAAUUUAAUCCAGGCUCCGCUUUGGCCUGUAUACCUUGGUCUCAAUAGCUGACUCCUGUCACAUGUUUGCAGACCAUUCUGUUGCUUGGUCUUUGCCAACCUGGCGCCCUCCAGAUGUUUUGAAUCACUGCUCCCAUCAGGCCAAGUCAUAUGCCAUUCUGUUAAGUGUGCUAGGAAAGUAAAGAGGAGUGUUCCAAACUCGAGGAAACUACCAUUGUUGAAGUCACUUGUGGCCUUUUGUCUUCUCAAUGUGUAUAGCACGCCAGUGUGUGGUAGCGGGACCCAUAGAAAGAGAGGGCUUUUGCAGGCAGCUGGGUGAAGGCCUGGAAAUGUUUUGGAAAUGACUGGAAAGUGUAAGUUUGUGGUGUUUUUUCUUUUCUUUUGCAGAUGUGCUACUUAAGACCCGACAGCAGCUUUUAAAUCUGGAGGUACUAUCCAGAGAAGUUUCGUUUCCUUCCAAGGCAGGCCUUCAAGAUGUGGACAGCUGUUGGGUCUUUUCUGUUGAUCUCCUUAUGUGUGUCUGAAAACGGCAGCUCCAUCUUAAAGGAGAGGGGGGUCCAGGUAACACAUGUACAUCUGCUCAGCAGUGAAAAGCAUUGCAAGCAAGCUUGUAAAGGCCCAACAGCAUCAGGUAAGAUUACCUCACCUGACCAUAAAUCUCUUCCUUUGGGGCAGUAGGCGUCUGCUUAGGCCUUUCACAGCAUCUGUGAUUAUGGCUGCUACAUAUGCAGUAGCUAAAUGACUUCACAACCUUAGUCAAAUUGAAAACAGCAUCCGUUUUCCAGGGACUGCCUUUUCUCUAUUUCUUUUUUACAAUUUUACAAUGCAGCAAGCAUAGAAGAGCCUUUGUGUGUAACGGUAGCAAGGAAAUUGUGUUAGAUUACUUAACAUACCCUUCCGCCAAAUGUCUCUGUAUUUGAUGAAGUUUCACAUUCUUCUGUGUCCUUGUUGCCCUGUUACCUGAAUGCCCCAGAGAUCCUUGGAAUGGAUUUGCAAUCCAGUUUGACAUGAGCUUCACGGGUGACUUAAUCAAACCCCUUGGAACUUUAGGAGCUUCUAGACUCGGGGUGACUAAAUGAUUCCCCCCAGAUGUUGCUGGACUACGUCCCUGACAAUUGUCCAAGCUGUCUGGGGCUGUGGUGAGUUGGAGCCUGACAACAUCUGGAGGGUCACAGCUUUGCCCAUCUCAUUCUAGGCUUAAAUCAACCCUGACAGAUCCUCAUCAGUUUCCCUAUUUAAAGGCCGUAAGGGAAGAGGACUUCAGUUUCCCAAAGCAACUUUUCACAUUACCUAGCUUUUAUGGAUGCUGCUAUAAGUUAGGAAGUGGUUGGGUUUGCUCUCUUGCGGCUUCCCCCGCCCGAAGCUGCUUAUCAUGCCCCUACCACCAAUCUUCUCUAAGUAAAAUGUGCCCAGCUUCUUAUCUUGUCAUCGUAAGACACACGUUCCAGUCCAGCAUUGUCUGCUUCAUUUGGCAGGGAGGUUCUUCCAAGUCCUCAGAUGUGGGUCUUUUCCUAGUUUUCUUGCUGGAGGUUUUCUUAACUGACAGUUCAAAGGUCGGCCCCAACAACAUUCUGCAUUCAAAGCACAUGCCGUGUGGCUGAGCUUUGGUCCCCUCCCUCACGGCUGAAAUGCAAGUCUUUGUAGCUGCCUUCUCCUUUUAUCUUGCUUCUACUUUUUAUCUGAAGGGACUUGCCUGGAGCUUGUAAGCCAGGGGUCAGCAAACUUUUUCAGCAGGGGGCCAGUCCACUGUCCCUCAGACCUUGUGGGGGGCCGGACUAUAUUUUGGAAAAAAAAAUAUGAACGAAUUCCUAUGCCCCACAAAUAACCCAGAGAUGCGUUUUAAAUAAAAGCACACAUUCUACUCAUGUAAAAACACGCUGAUUCCCGGACCGGAUGUAGAAGGCAAUUGGGCCGGAUCUGGCCCCCAGGCCUUAGUUUGCCUACCCAUGUUGUAAGCUUUCUGUCCCACUAACACUGUUUACAGCAAAACUCUUAUUGUAACUGGACCCCUUUGAAUCCUCACUCAUUACUUGCACACUAGCCCUUAUCUGUGACAUUAUUGUCCUUGUUUACUCAUUUUUUAAGGGAAGCAGUAUAAUAUUGUUGACAAAUUGUUGCAGUCUAGUAUUUGUGCUGUUCAUUUCACAGAUGAUUAGAGCUUUGUAGGAGUUUUAAUUUGUUUUAGUCUAUUUUAUUGCAGUUUCCAUUCUCUGUAUGUUUUAAAUCACAGUUGUAAAAUUUUGCUAAUGAUUUUAUUGUUUUGUCUUUUUUUUGUAAACCGCUUUGAGGUUUUGUUCUUCAAUCAAGCAGAAUGUACAUUUUAUGAAAUAAAAUAAGUAAAAAUGUCACCAUACUAAAACUCUGCUAAUAGGAUUAAAUGUGAUUCAUUUUAUACCAGUGAGAGUGAUGAUCUUCCUUUCCUGUGUGAUAUUCUAGGUAAUCUCUACUGCUGGUCAGUGCUGUAUCAGAGCCACUGUGUCCUCUUGCGCUGUCCUCAGCUGAGUGCAUGUCAGAACGCCAGCACACAGGAUGUUAAAGAACUAAUGGGAGGUAAUUUGGAUUCAAUGGGACAGCUCAUGAUUAAAAAACCUGCUGCUGCAGCAGCUAUUGCUAUUACUAAAGGCAACAUUCUCUUACCUCACCAUCCAGAUGUUUACAGUGUUUAAAGGGGGCUCUAUCAGAUUUCCACAAGUUUCAUUUGAGAGGUAAAGAUUCUUUGGAUGUGAUUAUAGGCUAUUUUGCGAGACUGAUUAUUUAUAUUAAAAACAUAUACCCCACCUUUCUAGGUAGAAUAUUCAAGGUGUCCUAAGACAAAGGAGUCUAAUGUAACAAUAUAAAGUAUAAUAUAAAAAAACUGGCAACAAUUAAAAACUGCAGAAUCAGAAGGAUAAAAAAAGCCAGGCAGAGAAUUAACUAAAGGGAAAAAAACCCUUCCAAAAGAAUACAGUUUUCAGCAUAACAGUGGGCAAUGAAGAAAAUACUCUGAGGGAAAUAUUCCAUAAUCUGGAUUCCAAGUUAGAAAAGGCUCCCCAACCCACCCUAGGAAUGCCACGCUCUUUCAAUCUUCCCAUCUGUGGAAGCAUUUCAGUCUGCCAGGUGUAAUGAUUCCUCCCUCUCCUCCCCCUGCACAUUGUUUUUCUUUUUUUGGUGGGGGGUGUCUCCCAAUCCAUUUUCAGUGUGCAGAGGAGAGGAGAGAGGUCCUUGUUCAGGGCUUCCACUGGCAGGGCUGGUUAGGUGAAUCCCUUCCAGGGUCUAACCAAGAAGAGUUUGAAUUUGAUAUCCCGCUUUAUCACUACCCGCAGGAGUCUCAAAGUGGCUAACAAUCUCCUUUCCCUUCCUCCCCCACAACAAAACUCUGUGAGGUGAGUGGGGCUGAGAGACUUCACAAAAGUGUGACUAGCCCAAGGUCACCCAGCAGCUGCAUGUGGAGGAGUGGGGAAGUGAACUCGGUUCACCAGAUUAUGAGUCCACUGCUCUUAACCACUACACCACACUGGCUCUCCAACUCAUGACCAACUCAUGAAUCCUAGAGAAAGUUAGCUCAGUUAACUAUGAAUCUGAUUAUUUCCUGGGGAGUGGCAGAGGGUGGGAUCAUGACAUCAUGGUCUGGACCAGCAAAAGCCUGUGGGUGACUGAAGGGUCCGCCUGCCUUCUGAUGCUUGGGAGGCCAGCAGGAAUUGAGGAUCAUGAAGCAAUCCUCCUGUGAGAGGGGAGGGAAGUGGGGGCUGGCACUGUCAGUACUUUGUCCAAGGUCCCACCAAAACCCCAUCUGACAAUCCUGCCUGACACAAGGCUCGGAAAUGAAAUUGUGUGGUUUUGAAACAACUUGAUUUAGAUUGUCCCCCUUUUAAAAGUGCCUCUAUCAUUCCCUUUCUGGGUGCUUUUUCUGUUUAUCUUUGCACCCUUGUUUCCCUGAGGAAAGGCGGUAAUAUUGGCAUUCGUUUCCUGUUGGUUUUCAAGCCAGAAACUGGAGGCUGUGUGUGUAAUUGGAGUGGUUUUAGCUUCCAUAGCUGACACUGGAUUUUGCAGCAGCGGAGUCUUCUGCUCUAAUUGCAAGUGACACCAUAACAAAACGAAACAUGUUAGGAACUGGGGAAUCAGUCUUGUAAAGGGUGUGAGAAAGUUCUGCUGUACAUGCGUUUUUGAAAGGACAGCUUUUCAUGCUUGUUUCUGGCCUUUAAAUACUUCUCAGGAACUUAGCUGCCAUAUUAAGUUGAACAGGUUCUUGCAGCCAAGAGCGAAUAGUUGUGACAAGAAAUACAUUUCUUUAUUUUCUUUCUGAUAUUUAGCUGAGUUUGAAUUUUGAUCCAGAAAGGACUUCUAAGAUGUGUUUUGUGCUUGAGUAACAGAAGGAUAAACAACUGGUGCCCCAGGAGCUCAUUCACUCCCUUGGAGACAUUCAGCUGUACACCUCUGCCAACUUUCUCUUGUGGCACAGGCUAAGGCUAAGUGAUUUCUAAAAAGUCUUCUUCCCUUGUGUGAAAGACAAGGCUCUCUUUUUUUUAUAUGUACAUCUUGUGUGCCUCAGCCACUCCCUCGAGCAGACAAGACAUGAGGUAUAUCAGGUGGGUCUCCAACGAAGUCUUUGUUACUGUUCCCUCUGAAGAGGAGGUUAAAGAUCCCUUGGCUUGAAUGGGAGUCAGUCAGUGGAACCAGUCCUUCAGCCUUUGUUCAGUCUUUGCAAUAUGGCGACUGCUUUAAAAAUGUUUCGUUAAUCAUAUGGAGAUGGAGAAUGGUUAUAUCGGAGUAUAUGCAGCAUAUAUAUAAAGCUAACUGGUGGUAAUGAAGCUAUGCUACUGAGGAUGUUUGCUUCUGUCAUAACUAGUCUAAAAGAUCUAUGCAACCAAUUAUUUAAAGCAAUAUCUGCUCGCUUACUGCAAGUUGUAUUUGGGGUGCGUAUUAUAUGUGUCAAUCUAUGCAAUUCUAUAGAUGGAAAUCAAUGAUGUAUUACAGCUGGUAGAUUCUAUAGCUCUCCUUCACUGUAAAUGGAGGUGGCACCACAAAAGUACAACUCCUGGGACUCUUUUAUCGACUGCCAUUUGAUCUACUCUUUAUCUGCAGCCCAAUCCUGAUUGUGUCUCUGGUCUUUUGUUUUGUUUUGUUUUGUUUCUGGCCAGAAUUUGUGAUCCGUAAAAGGAGAGAUCAUGAAGGAGCCCUUCAAACAAACAACACAGGAAAGUCUGCUGGAGAGCAGGAGCUACUGAAUAAAACAAGACUUGCUGAGACAGAAACAAAAGUGCCUCUUUUGCCAAAAGCUCCAGAGAGGAAGGUAGCAGAAGGUACUGCGGUCAGCACAACUACCACUGCCACUUCCACGAUCGCUGCCAUCUCCCAAGGUAGAGCAACAGCCAUAACCACAGCUAGUAACAACGUAACCACAACUCAUGGUAAUACAACUCUAGGCAUCCCAAAUGUGACUUCUGGUCCCAGCACUCCCCCUCAGAAACCAUCGUUGCCUCCCACACCUUUCCAUUUAACUGAAAGUGCUAUUACUGUUAACAGUACAUCAAGUUCAAAAGGGGCGCAGACCAGUAAGUUAACUUUGGGAGUUGCUAAAACAACAGAAACUCCCAGGACUAUUCCUACUUCUUUUGCCACAGCAGCAAACAAUCCAGUGCUUCCCACAACCAACAAAACAGGUAUGGCAACCGGCACUCUUGUACCAGUGAGCUCUAGCAGUGUUGGAAGCAGCUCAAGAAGCCCAGUAAACUCAUCUUCAAAUGCAGCCACCCCAAAUCCACCAGCAUCAGCCACCCAGAGUUCACUAGCUACAGCCACCCAGAAUCUACCAACUUCAACAGCCACUGGCAUAUCUCAAACAACCAAGAGACCAUCCACAGUAGCAACAAAGUCAGCUGAACUCACAACAAUUGUAAAGACAACUCCAGAUAGGGUAACGCCUCGUGUGGCUGCAAAGGGUGCUGAAACCACCACCGCUGCAGAGCAACCUGUGAGUGCUACGAGUCAACCAGUGCUUGUCACAACUUAUACAAAUCCCUUGUCAGUGUUUGCAACGAAAAGUCCAGUGGCACCGCCCAAAUCAGUAACCAUAAACCAAGGCCAAGAUCAGCAGGACACAGGUAGUGAGGGUAGCUAUCGCCCAGUAGAUGUUAGUUUGCUCUUAGCAGUGCUUUUGUUUGGAGUCCUGUUUUUUGUAACAAUUGUAGUAUUGUUUGUGAUACAGGCCUAUGAGAGCUACAGGAAGAAAGACUACACCCAAGUGGACUACCUAAUCAAUGGGAUGUAUGCAGACUCAGAGAUGUGAAAGCAAUAGCAAUUCAAAGCCAGGCAUUCAAUAUAUACAUCUACUUCUUGUGGGAGGUCGAAAGCCAUGGGUGGCUUGUCUUUCAGUUCCCUGUUCUGCCUAUAAGACCAACUGAAAGUGCUUCCAAAUUACCUUUGGUGCAAUGUAGGAGAAAUGCCAUGUAUUCUACUUCUAAAAGUAUUUUUUUUUUAACCAUCAGGUUGCCACUCACAUAUUAUUUCUCAGUUUUUGCUUCUGUUGUGCCAGUUUUGUUUUGCCAUUGCAAAGAGGGGCUAAUGCUGCAGGCAGCCCUCCUCUGAGGACUGUGGUGCUUCCUAGGCUCCUGUUCCUCAAGUUCUGUUGAUACCCUGCCUAUCCCUGCAUAACAAAGAGCAAAACGGGGUUGUCUCUGCCUGCAAGGCACUGUGUUCACUGCUGCCAUUCCAGAUGGGUUACAGAGGACUGGCAGCAUUGGUGCAGGUAGCAGAACCCUAAAGAGUGACAGGUGCAAACCCCCCCUUGGCCUAGGUGGUGACCCCUUCCAUACGGUACGUUUCCUUUUUUCUGCUUCCAGCUACAGCACUGAACCAGCUGCGGGAGACGCUGCUGGCUUGAGAUGCAACCUUAGGAGCGAUGCUUGUUGGCAGGUUAUGAGUUCUGAAGUGUCUAGACGGAAAGCUCUUUAGAACCGUGAGGCAUUCCUAAUGCUCCCUGUCAGGGGCAAUGUUGGCAGAACAGGGAUCUUAUUUCAGUGAGCUCCCUGCUUCUUUAAAAUGUGUGUACUAAGCCAUGUUCAUGCUGUGCUGUUUCCUAAUCGUGACUGUUCUUCGCUGAGGUGCUUCUGCAUCUUUAUAUGAUUUUAUUUUUGUACCCACUUAAUAAAUGAGGCCCUGGAGGGCAUGUAAAGGUUUGCUUACUGUGUCCCCCCCCUUCUGCCACUCCCCAUUCCUCAUAUAAGGCCUUCUGGUAACCUGAAUGUGCAAGCAAACUGAGUAUACUUCCUUUCUAAGAUCCAGUCAUUCCUUUCUUCUCAGCUGUGUGAUUCCCCACCCUGCCUCAUUCCCCAUGUAUCUCAGUCUUGUGAACUGUUCCCAGUGCAUUUAGGGCACAGGCCAGGUAUAUAAGCAGUCUUUGAUUUCAGGGCUGCUGAGCCUUCAUGGCUCCCAAUCUGAAUCAUGACUCCCAAUGAUGAAUGCAAAAGGUUCCAUUUUGUGAAUAGUUUAAGGCUUCUUCAGACCAGCACGCACCAUGCAAAAGUCAUGCAGAAUAUGCUUAAUGGAAACAACCUUUAGCUACAGCCUUGGGAGUGAACUUGACAACAAGUCCAAGCCCCCUCACACUGUGUUAAAUAAAGGUCUAAUUGAGCAUUCAGAGUUUGGGGUCUGAUCUUCUUGGGUCCUGGGUGAAAAGGCAGUAGUUCAGCUAGUAAAGCAAUUUACCUGAAAGACUUUACAGUGUGCCCAUCUAACAGAGAGCCCCACAAUCACAUGGAGACAUUCCCAUUUUCAUAGAACAGAGACUGGGUUAUCUACCAACCUUGAUUUUUUUUGGAUGAGAUUGACUGCUGCUUGGGCAGGAUAGGAAGUCCUCCUGAGAUCUUUGCCCUCUCAUAUUUGACUAUUUAGAUUACCCCCCCAUCUUUUACGAGUGUGUUAAUAUUUUAAUAAUGCCUUCACUAUACACUUGCCUCUUCCAGCAGCUCUUCAACAUGUAACUUGUUGGUUCAAACAAAUGUUUUAAAAAUGGCAAGGUUAUAGCUUAGUGGUAGAUCAUCUGCUUUUUUCAUGUAGAAGGUUCCAGGCUCAAUCCCUGCCGUUUCCAGGUAGGGCUGGGAAUGUCCCCGAAACCCUGGAGAGCUGCUGCCAGUCAGUAUUGGCAACACUGAAUUAGAUGGAGCCAAUGGUGUGGUGUAAGACAGCAUCCUAUGAGAUCAUCUAUGGAUAUGACAGAAUUUGCAGUGCGUGUGUGGGGAGUUUUGAUACAUCUGGCCAAGGAAGAAUCAGAUGAAUAUAGCCGAUUACAAAAGGCUAGCCAAAUUCUGUAACCAGCAAGUUAGUUUAAUGAAGAAGUGGGCAGAAGGGUGGGGGGCUUCUUAGAAGCUUUGGAAUGAAAGAGACUGAAUGAGCUAACCUCACCAUUCCUAAUUAGCUUAAAUUAUAUUUUCUCAUCAUAUAAGUUUUCUGAAAUUGUUCCGUAUUAGUGGCUGUAUGUAGACCCCAAAGUUAUAUGGUAUGACCUUGUUAAAGGAUAACCAUCAAGAAAGAACCUGUAACGGGCCCCCAUCUGUGCUGUACCUUUAAAGCUGUGUCAAACCACUUUGGUAGUUAAGGGUGCCGAGAGUUCUUAGGAGACCUCAUUGCAAUACUGGAACUCCUAGGGGUGUUAACGAUUGGUCAUUCUUCUCGGAGAGCUCUAGGGUCACCUAACAACACAAGGCACUCCUAACUACAAUUCCCAGGAUUCUUUGAGGGAAGCCAUGGCUGUUUAAAAUGGUAUGAUACGGCUUUACAGUGGUACCUCGGGUUAAGUACUUAAUUUGUUCCGGAGGUCCGUUCUUAACCUGAAACUGUUCUUAACCUGAAGCACCACUUUAGCUAAUGGGGCCUCCUGCUGCCACCGCGCCACUGGAGCACGAUUUCUGUUCUCAUCCUGAAGCAAAGUUCUUAACCUGAAGCACUAUUUCUGGGUUAGCGGAGUCUGUAACCUGAAGCGUAUGUAACCUGAAGCGUAUGUAACCCGAGGUACCACUGUAUAUAUGUGUCUUAUUGAUGGAGCCUUGCUCUUACUUCUAGACUGAAGUAAGGGGGUCCUAAUGGAAUUCACGUUCUGAAUUCCUCUGCAAGGCAGAAUGUGGGGACCAAGUGGGAGCCAAACCACUUCACACUUCCUUUCUCAAAGUGGAGCCACUACAGUCAAGCUAACCCACCACUGCCAUUCCUUCUUUAAUUGUAUUGCAGGUGUCCACUUGUGCCUUGUGGGGAAGGGAGCUGUUUUUUUUCAUUUUUAAUUAUUGCAAUUCCCAGUGAUUUCUCGAGUUAAUUUCUAUUUUUAGUUGUAUAGACAGGGAUAAGCCAAUAGGGUGCACUGCUGUGCUGCUCAUGAAACAUGGAUUCCCUUGCCUGACAGAUUCUUGAAAGCAGGAGAUGUCUCCAGAACUUGAGCUUCCUGCAUUCCUUGUCUGCUGUUUCUCUUUAUUUUCUUGGCUGAGGACUCUUCAUGUGUGUUUGUAACUAUAACUCUAAUUAUGACUAUGUUUGAAUGUGAGACGUUCCACUAUUGCAUUGAAAUGACCCAACAUCCUGCUGACCUCAAUUAAAAAUAAAUGAAACUAUUUCGUUAGGAAUGUACAGAUUUUUU